AUGAUCGAGAAGAAAAUUGUGCCCGCUUUUGCUGAACUUAGUGAAUUUGCGAGCUUAAGCGCCGGUGGUUCGGUGGUAUUCGCGACGGAUGACUUCUUCGCACCAUGUGAAAAUAUGCUUAAUGAUUCUGAACCAAUUUUCAUCGCGGAUAAGUACACGGAAUUUGGGAAAUGGAUGGAUGGGUGGGAAACAAGAAGAAAGAGAAUACCUGGCCAUGACUGGUGUAUCCUGAAACUGGCCACCAAGUGUGUUAUCCGAGGUCUCUUGGUGGAUACAGCUUUCUUCACUGGGAACUAUGCACCGAAGUACUCCAUCCAAGCAGCACGACUAACGCCUGAAGAAGAAGCGUUAUUGCCGAGGAGGGACACGCAAAUGGGGUCAGCGUGCAGCGAAUGUGACUUGGAACGGGUGAAACAGCUUAGGUCUGACAAAUGGGAGGAAAUUGUCCCCAUAACGGCUCUGCGACCGGGCUUUGAAGAGUCCAGAAUGAACUACCAGAAGGUUCUUUCAGAUGAAUCGUGGACAUAUAUAAGAUUAAACAUAUAUCCCGAUGGAGGAAUCGCCAGACUUCGUGUUUACGGCGAAGCGAAGCCCGAAGCACCACCCCAUGAUCAAUUGGUUGAUCUGGCUUCGAUGCUCUCAGGAACAACUUGUUUAGGAUACUCCAAUGCACAUUAUGGUCAUCCGAGAAAUAUUAUAAAGCCAAAUAAAGGAGAGACAAUGGCAGAUGGUUGGGAAACUGCGAGGCGAUUAGACAGACCUGAAGUUCUUGAAGCCAAAGAUGAUGGAACAUUAAAAGUACUAGGAGAAGAGUGGGCAGUUUUCAAAUUAGGCUUUUGUGGAACCAUAAAAGAGAUUUGCGUUGAUACGGCACAUUUCAAAGGCAAUUUUCCAGACUCGAUAAAAUUGGAGGGAGCGUUACUGGAUGAGGACUGGUCAGAAGAAAAACCAUGUCAUUGGUACAACAUUUUAAAUCCCAGUAAGUUAUCUGCAAAUAAGGAGCACUGGUUUUCCUGCAACUCCGAUGUCAUCUCUCACAUACGAGUGACUAUAGCGCCUGACGGUGGAAUCAGCAGGAUUAAGACAUUUGGACACAUUGAGCCGAAUAUAUUUUAAAUUAUUUCACGCUUAAAUAUAAGAUAUCGUUAUUUAUUUUCAUAAGCACUGCACUUAAUUUUGCUACGUUGAACUGUUUGCACAGUUAAACGGAUGAAAAUAAAAUAUUAUAUUAUUUUAUUUUAUUUCGCACUACAUAAAGCUGCACAAAUAGAAACGCACAAUUGUUAAAUUAAGUGUAAGGAAAGUUUUAUUUACAACACGCAAGCUAUUCACGGGUAAGAAAAAACAAGACUCGAUUUAUUAAAUUGUUGUUAUCUCGCUGUUUUUUUGUUGUAUUUAUAAGCAAUUGUUGGUUCUUUGCAUAUGGAAGUGUUCUAAGUUAUUAUUUAAUGAAUGUCUCAAAUGAUUAAUUGUGAUGGUAAAUUAAAUUUAAAUAUUAGACAAGAUUUAAAAUUGUGAGUAUUUCUAGUUGAAAAAAGUGUUUGUGUGUGUAAUGAAUUUAUUAACAAGUAUUAUUAAUUUUUAAUAAAGAAUAAACACGUUACGAAA